AUGUCUACUCCUGCUAUUUGAUAUCUUGUCCUAUCUUAUUGUCUUCACUCUUCUUUUCUUUCUAUUUAAGGUGGAUGGUAUUGUCUUAAACACGGGUCGAGAUGUUACUUUGAAUUUACUGGAAUCAAAGUCCAAUUGUAUAUCAAUACUAACCGGUCCAAUAUCCUAUCGAUAUAGAGUGUCCCAACUGAAGAUACAUUUCGGUACCCUAGAUUCUAGUGGCUCAGAACAUACCAUUAGUGGCCAAUAUUUUACAGCUGAGGUACACAUCCUUGCCUACAACAGCGACCUCUACAACAACUUCACUCACGCUAUUCAUUCUCCACAUGGAUUAGCAACGGUCGCCAUUUUUGCUACAAUUGGUGAUAAACCAAACAAUGAAUUCGAAGUGCUUUCAAAAGAAUUCCAAAAUAUUUUAUUUAAAGGUCAAGAAAGAAAUAUAUCGGAAAUAUUACUAGCUGACCUUCUACCCCAAACGGAACGAUAUAUGACCUAUGAAGGUUCGCUCACACAACCCGGCUGUCAAGAGACCGUCACGUGGAUAUUGCUAAACAAACCCUUAUACGUCACAAAAGAGCAG